CUCAAACCCUAACCCUAACCCUAAUGGCCGCGGUGUCGUCCCUGUCCCUUCCCUUUCUCCGCCACAGCUCGGAGUGGAAACCCUCGAUCCCGGUUCCUCGGUCCCGCAGCAAUCCCGCUAUAGGGUUUGUGCUUCGAUUACGACCAGAGAAGUGGAGCUCGCGCAUGGUGGUGCGAUGUGUUGCGGCGGCCCUAAGCGAUGUUCCACCUACUGUAGCUGAGACCAAGAUGAACUUCCUCAAAUCAUAUAAGCGUCCAAUUCCAAGCAUUUACAAUAGCGUGUUACAAGAACUCCUGGUGCAGCAACAUCUAAUGAGAUACAAAAGGACCUAUCAAUAUGACCCUGUCUUUGCACUUGGCUUUGUCACCGUCUAUGAAAAACUUAUGGAAGGUUAUCCUAGCAGCAACGACCAAGAUGCCAUUUUUAGAGCAUACAUACAGGCCUUAAACGAAGAUCCUGAGCAAUACAGACGUGAUGCACAAAAAUUGGAAGAGUGGGCACGUACUCAAGAUGCUAACUCAUUGGUAGCAUUCUCAUCUAGAGACGGCGAAAUCGAAAAUAUGUUAAAAAGUAUUUCCCAAAGGGCCCAGGGUAAAGGAAAUUUCAGCUAUAGCCGGUUCUUUGCAGUUGGACUAUUUCGUCUGCUUGAGCUAGCAAAUGCAACAGAACCGUCAAUCUUAGAGAAGCUUUGUGCUGCCUUAAACAUUAAUAAAAGAAGUGUGGAUAGGGAUCUUGAUGUGUAUCGGAACCUUCUCUCAAAAUUAGUUCAAGCCAAGGAGCUUCUGAAGGAAUAUGUAGACAGAGAAAAGAAGAAAAGAGAAGAAAGAGUGGAACCGCAGACGUCUAAUGAAGCCGUCACAAAAUGUAUUGCUGAUGUUCAUGUUGCGAGUCGAUAACUCUGGCAUUUUUCACAUUGUGGACUAUGCUAAAGCAUAUAGAGUUUGUUUCAUCAUUUUUCUGUACUAUCCUGGAUUCUAUGUGAAAAAAAAGAGAAAAAAUCUUCCUAAUGUUCAUCUCUUUCUAUUCUUGUGUUUA